AUGCGCUUCCUCACCAUACUCGCAACCACCGCAGUCGUGACCGCAAUGUCGGUUCCCAAUCCGGAAUCAAACCAAGCCCUGGACGUCCUGGACGUCCUCGACGCCAACACCCUACACGCCCGCCGCCCAGCACUCCCAAACCCGUUCAAGCGCUGCGACAAGAAGAAAUUCAACGCAUGCACGGCAAAGUGCCACGAGAACAGAAACGGCCUGGGCGGCAACGUCGACAUUGGCUGCAUCAACGCCUGCGUGGCCGCCAACCCAAAGUGCAAACGUGCGGCAGAAAAAAAAUUCAAUACAUGCACAGGAAAGUGCCACGAGAACAGGAGCGGCCUUGGUGGGAUUGUUGACAUUGGCUGCAUCAGCGCGUGCGUCGCCGUGAAUCCAAAAGUGCAAGUACAAGGGGAAGCGCAGCGCAGAGGAUGGGGUUGGGGAUGUUGA